CUUUUCAAUAUAGCGGACUCCAACUAGUAUACCAUCGUCAUCUUCGAACUCCCUUUCAUCUCCGAAUCUCCGAUUAUUUUUAUCCAGACAGGUCAAACACGAGACCACAACGUCGCUGUAUAUCUGGCCCAUCACCGCCGGCAAACGAGUGAGGGCCUGCCGGCCAAGUAUAUCCUUGAUCGACGCAGCUGCCCUCUGUUGGUCCCUAGCUCCAAUGUGUUGCUGAAUGGGUAGCUCCGGGCUGGGAGUAAUGGACUUUGGAUCUUCAGAGUAGCAUACAAAUGAAGUCCAGAGACCAAUCUCCAGCAGGCAGACUCCGACACUAUAAAUAUCAUGCUGCAUUGUGUAUUCCUCUUCUGGGUGGAGACCCUGGCGUUUAGGAUGUCGGUAUAGGUUCUUUUCCCAUGCAUUGUCGCCCGCCAUGUAGGUCCGCGCUUCUGCCAGACGAAAACGCUCGAAACCGACCAGAGACAUCUUUCCUAGGGUAUCAGUGGGCUGUUGAAGGAUGAUAAUGUUUUCGGGGGAGAUGUUCUUGUGCACGAUGCAGGACGAGUGGAGGAAUACAGUUGACCGAGCAAGUGUCACGGCCAGUUUGACGCGCUCGUUCAAGGAAUAGCUCGUGGGUGACGUUGAAAGAAGAGAACGAAGACUUUUAGGUCGUAUAUUCUGCGGGAUAGAGAAUAUGAUUUCAAACCCGGUGAUCUUUUGAGUCGACGGGUCACGACAUUUGACGGCACCUUGACAGGGAAGAAGGCCAAAAAGCUCCGGAUCGACAUUGGAGAGAACGCGCGCCAGAUUUCGGACAUCUUUUGUAGUCAGAUCAAUGUCAACUUGUUCCCUCGCUGGAAUAUAGUCAAUGACGAGCCCACGGCCCGAGUUGCUGCCGGUGGAUGCAGUAGAGAGUGCGAUCAACUCCCGGUCCUUUAUUUCAUAAUUGGCCGGGAGAAAGAUGCUUGAUGAUACCACUGUGUCGUCCCUGGUGAUAUGGUGAGCGCGGCGUAGCUGCACUACGCUCGACACGACCCCGGUCUCGCUGGGAUUUUCUUCAGCCAACUGCUGGUCAAUCACCGGAACGGCGAUGCGGGCUAAGAGAAACCAGGAGGGAUCGAAUGUCCUCUGCCACUUCUCCAGAUCCGCAAUGAUGCCCUCCAGAGACGAUUUUGCAUACGCAGCAUAUUUGAGUCGUUUAGUAUCCCCCAUCUUGGCCACGAUUCUGUCUGACCUGGACUUUUCCCGUUGUUCAUUGGGUACUAGGCUAUCCACCUUAUUAAGUGCGUUUUGCAACUUCCCCUGGAGCACCUGUAGUACUAGAGUCUGGUGUAUUUGAAGGUCAUCCCCCAGUGAUUCCCAGACGCGAUGGAGGGCAGAGAUUUGGUGCUCGAUCUUGAUCCAAUGGCCUUGGAUGCAUAAGGUGGCUUCUCGCAACUCAUGUUCGGCUCGUAGAUAGGAUUGACAGCGUUCGUAGAGGUCCUUUCCGAUUCUUUUUCCUCCAUAACAACAGUGGUCAGCAUCCCUCCUUAAUGAAAGCCCCUAUUGCCCGCGGUUUGGUGACUUUCAUAAGCCACAAGCCCGGAAGCUCACCGUAAACACAGCUCUGCCAUCGAGGCGGCUGCGAAUCCCAGUCCCACGGGUUCCAUUUUGCGUCUUUAGGCCAGGCCGAGAGUCCAGCAAUUGUCGGUCAGCAAAGGGUCACUCCUUCUUCGAUGUCAAGGCAUUCUUCUCCGCAGCUUGCCCGGUCACUCUGUUGAUAUAUACCCCGCACCGGGGCGCUAGACAACUCAUUCUCAUUGGAUCUCCGUCCAUCCUGCUCAGCCGCAUCUUGACCCUCCUAUUCACGCCAGGAUUUGAGUGAUGAUGAGCAGAGCUAACUUGCAAUUUCUAAGCCUCCGGGCUAGUCAUGCUUGAUCCAUCCCCGGAGCCUUCGCGUUUUCAGUCAUGGACUUGUCCCAGCUGGCGGCCCUCCUCCAGGAUCUCGGGGAUAACGCAGAGCUGACAGAGCGGAUCAAGAGUGUCAUCAAUCAAUCCGAAGCCACUGAUUUACUGCAGCACUUCCACCUGGAUGCCGUCAUUUCGGAUGAAUGCACGACCCAUAUCGAAUACAAGGUGGGCCAAGGCCUGGUUCCCCGAAAGAUUGAGAAGAGAUGGUACCGAAGGGAGGAGCCCAUCGGACGGGGCUCUUAUGGACAAGUCUGGCUGGAGCGAGAGGGUAAAGCAAGCAAUCAACGGGCCGUGAAGAUCAUGGAAAAGGUAUUGAUGACGCGCCACGGAAUAGAUUUCAAGAAGGAAAUCUUGGCACUAGCCAAAUUCUCGAAACCUCAAUAUCAGCAACAGGAGGUGCUGGUCAAGUUCCUUGGAUGGUGCGAACAGCCGUCGAAUCUGUUCCUUUAUAUGGAAUACUUCGAGCUGGGGGACCUCGAGGGUCACAUCACUGGGUCCAUUACGGAGGAUGAUAUCAAGGACAUCAGCACCAACCUGCUCAAUGGGCUCCGCAUUAUGCACCGUGAAGGCUUUGCUCAUCGCGACCUCAAGCCGGGCAACAUCUUUGUUGUCCAAAAGCCACCCGCGGCGAGGUGGUGGGUUAAGAUUGGGGAUUUCGGAAUCUCGAAGCGCGUCAAUCACGAGCUAACCGCCCUUUAUACAUCGAUUGGGACGCCUCUGUACAUGGCUCCCGAAAUCACUGGUGACCUUGAUACGGAUGAACCGACAUCCAAAUACAACAACGCGGUGGAUAUGUGGUCGUUAGGGUGUGUCGUAUACAAAGUCGCUACCCAAGCCGUACCGUUCCCAGCUCGGAGGGACCUGAGGAGGUUUUGUAUCGGGGGACCCUUUCCUGAGCAACCUCUCCUGGACCGUAUCACCGCGGACGGAACGGAAUUUGUCAAACGUUUACUCGUCCCAGACCCACGAGACCGUCUAUCCGCCGAGAGCGCCUUACAAACCUCGUGGCUCUCGCAGAGAAGACGAAAAUCUGAAGACUCCAUCCUGGUCCGAGCCCGAACUUCUUCCGAUCCAAAGGAACCGGCUAGAUCGACAGCAGAUAAUGACACGGAUUUAUCAGAAGCGACUGCGAGGAUCUCAACUUCACUGCUAGCUGCCCAACCAGAGAACCCCGGAACUAGGGAAACCCGCGAAUCUCGAAGGUCUUCGGCAUACCAAAUACAACAGCGCCUGGUUACAUCAACCAAUGGAAUGCCCAGGCCGCCGAAUGAGACCUCCCCACCCCCAGGUCAUGUCCCUGAUAUCGUGGAUCGCGAUUCAGACCCCGCGGAAGCGACUAUCAGACUCUCUGCUCCCGGGUCACGCAGGCCGGUUGAGCCUUCUCAGCCCCAGUCACCGCGAUCACCACAGCCCGACAAUCGAGUGGAUCUUGUCCAGAAAGCUGUGACUGAUACCCUGCUUGCGACUAAGCAGCUCCUGAACAAGCUAACGGAGUGGUCGAGGAAAGAAGCUACCGAAGGUGAUGUCAGCGGAGCUUGGAUGCGGUGUGGGUACAAUUUCAACAUGGCUUGUAGAAGAUUCAAUAGUGUCGGAAUCGAAACCACGGACAUUGCGUCCUUCACCCCCAGUCUUCGUACUGUUCUCGAGACUACCUUGGGUCAGGACGCGUCGCCACAGGCCCUCGACCUCUAUCUACCACGGAUCCGCGCGAUUGUUAUUGACAUGCUGCACGGGAUGAAGCAGAAACAAUCGCUUCUUAGAGGGGAAGCGCAGGAGGUGCCGGCAGGAACCCGCGAGCCUCCUGUCACUACUGCCGAGGGCUCCCAUCCGGUGUCGGCCGCACAAGCAACCGCCACGAAGACGCCAGAAGAUUAUCUCAAGAGGCCGCGUGAUGAUCGUGAAGUUGAUCAGCUGUUUCUGAAACUGAUAGAAAAGAGAGGCUGGAAUAAGCUUCCCGCGCAGGCUCAACGGCAGAUGCUUGCUUACACGGCCGAAAAGAAAUGGACUCUCAUCUAUCAGGAUCGAGUGACGGAGCUGCCAAGUAAAAAGUACAAGUCUGAAUCUGGUCAGAUACUCGACCGGUUAGACGAAGAGGGAAGGCCUGAGUGGUUCGUCAAGAAGAUAAGAGACGGGACCGUGACAGCAAAGCAAUUGGAAAGCCUACAUGUGUCUUUACGGACACAACGACUCCGCUGGGUGAAUGCAUUUGUGGAGUUGCACGGACUCCUUGCCUUGACAAAUGUUCUGUCAAGCAUCCAUAACAAAAGCAGCUCACAAUCCGCCACCGGAUCGAUUAGAGACACUGGAGACCUAGACAAUGAGUUUAGUAUCGUCAAGUGCGUCGAGUCGCUGAUGAACACCAAAUCCGGCGCGAACAAUGCCCUGGCCCAUCAACAGAUCGUCAUCUCCCUCACAAAUUCACUUGUUUCCCCAGAAUUGAACACCAGGAAGACUGUGACCGAAAUUUUGACAUUUCUAGGUCACUGGGGCGAACGGCAGGGCUAUCAAAAGGUUCUCGACGCAAUGGACAUUGUCAAGGACCAGCAUCACAAGGCCGGCCGUUUCGACUUUUGGAUACCCGCGUUCGAAGUCGCGAUUGAUACCCAUAUGCAGGCGCGCGGUUCUGAUCGCAAGCUCGACCGUAGCCAAGUGACUGAGACGUUGCUCCGGGAAUAUUGUUAUUCAACUACUUGUUUGAUCAACAUGCUUGUGAGCGCAUGUGAUGAUGACCUAAAGUUUCGAUGCCACAUUCGGGCCCAGCUCAACGCUUGUGGGAUUCAACGUAUCCUACCAAAGCUUGAACGUUUUGAGUAUGGGGCCAUUGAUAGGCAGAUCAAACGUUUCCGGGACGAUGAGGCCAUCGACUAUGAAGAUCUCCUGCAUUGCGAGUAGAAAAUACAGAGUUAUCUACCUACAAUAGCAGAGAGGUGAUCGUGGUAGCCUAUCCUACGCACUGGUUUCGAGAUUUCAUAAAUCUUUCGGUAAUUGGGUGCUUCUGUAUGAAAAUAUAUCGAACCUUGUUCCAUCACAAAUCAAGUCAUGAUUAGUUAAUGCGGGGGAGGGGGGAAAAACUUUUUUAAAAAAAAAGUCCUGCAUUGAACUAACUUGGCGGAUGGCGCUUGUUGGAAGCGAGUUGAUGUCGUAGGUCUUGCAAGGGAGGGCCAGCCCUGGUUAUAUAGAUUGGGAAGAUUGAGGUGGCAAGCGACAGGGUGCACAAGCACACACGCUAGGCCGUAAGGGGCAGUAUGACAAGCGGUGGCAGGCGGGCGAAGGGCGUUCGUUGGGAGCCGUUUCGGUCAUAAUACUAUGCUGUGUUACUAGGCUAGCAGAAUUCCAGGACCCCCAUGCCCGAGGG